CUAAUGGUGGGGUGACAGGCUGCUUCUCACCCAUCUACCCUGAUCUGCUUCCCCUGCCCUCUGUCCCAGGUGCAGCUCCAGCCCCAGACAUGUCCUGCUACACCCCGUGCCGGCCCUGCCAGCCCUGCGGCCCGACCCCGCUGGCCAACAGCUGCAAUGAGCCCUGUGUCAGGCAGUGCCAGGACUCCAAUGUCUUCAUCCAGCCCUCCCCCGUGGUGGUGACCCUGCCCGGGCCCAUCCUCAGCUCCUUCCCACAGAACACCGCCGUGGGAUCCUCCACCUCCGCUGCCGUUGGCAGCAUCCUCAGCUCUCAGGGAGUGCCCAUCAACUCCGGGGGCUUUGGCCUCUCUGGCCUGGGCAGUGGCCUCUGUGGCAGGAGCUGCUUCCCCUGCUAAAGCUGCUCCCUGCUCUGGGCUCUCCCCUUGGAUCCACCUCUCUUCCCUCCCUUGACUCAUUAAAUUCUGCUGCAUCCCAGCCCACGCCUCCGUGUCAUCCU